AUGGGGAUCUUCACCCCGGCCUGGCCGUAUCGCAUGGGUGUGCGGGUGCUCGAUGUCAGCUGCAGUGCGUGUCCCCGCUUACAAUCUCCGGCUGUCGCUGCGGUUCUCUCCUGUGCUCACGGUAGUUUUGGAUGCCAACCCUUCUCGCUGCUGUUCUGCCAGGUUCGGGUUUUCCUUGAGGUCUCCCUCUCAGAGCCCGCUCGUCUUCAACCCAGUGCUGUCGUCGACAAACCUCUGUCUGAAACUCCCGUUGCAGGACGCUCGGACUUUGGGGCGUCUUCGCCACCGGCAGGAGUCAGGAUGGGUAGAUGGGCUUCCUCGCUGUUGCCUGAGCUCUGCUCGCGUCUGGCGGAACUUCUUCGUGCCAGGGUUGCGUUGGGUCGUAUAUGCGGGUCGGAGUUCGCCGGGCACUCGUCAGUUUGGACGGUGCGCUUGCGUCCAGCCGUCCUCCUGGCUGCUUGCAGUCGGUUAUAUACUAUGUCCCCCCUGGUCUCGUGCUGUUCUGUCUGA